AUGUUGAAAGCAGUAAUUCUUAUUGGUUCUCCUCAAAAAGGUACUCGUUUUCGUCCAUUAUCAUUAGAAAUUCCAAAACCAUUAUUUCCUAUUGCUGGUUAUCCAAUUCUUCAUCAUUUGAUUGAAUCAUGUGCUCAAUUACGAGAAUUACGUGAAAUUCUUCUUAUUGGAUGUUAUCAACCAAAUGAAGCUCUUUCACGUUUUAUAGCAAAUGCACAACAAACAUUUAAUUUAUCAGUUCGUUAUUUACAAGAAUAUGCAUCAUUAGAUACUGGCGGUGGUAUUUAUCAUUUUCGUGAUUUAAUUAAAUCGAAUCUAUCGGAUAGGGAUGUAUUUUUUGUAAUUAAUGGUGACAUUUGUGCAGAUUUACCAUUAGUUGAAAUGCUUCAAUUUCAUCAUGAGAAUGUUGGAGAAAAAGGUUUUACUAUAUUAGGUACCGAGGCUACUGAAAAACAAUCAACAAAUUAUGGUUGUAUAGCAUGGGAUAAAAAAACUAAUGAAGUCAAACAUUAUGUUGAAAAACCAUCAACAUUUGUUUCAACAACAAUUAAUUGUGGUGUAUAUGUAUUUACUAAACUUAUAUUUCAAAUUUUAUCUGAAACUUAUCGAAAUAAUCAACAAUUAUAUAAUGAAUCGAUACCUAUUUUUCAUGAGUCUUCACCAACAUUUACAAAUUAUGAUUCAGGAUUUGCUCGUGAAAAUAUCCGCUUAGAAAAAGAUGUUCUUUCAAAAUUAGGAGGUACUGGUCAAUUAUAUGUGUUCCCAAUGGGAAAUAGAUUUUGGACUUCAAUUAAAAAUCCAAGUUCGGUUAUUUAUGCAAAUCGACAUUAUCUUGAAAUCUAUCGAAUGUAUCAUCCCGAACGUUUAUAUAAACAAACUGAUUCUAAAGGACCAACAAUUAUUGGUGAUGUAUUUAUUCAUCCAACAGCAUGUGUUGCACCAUCAGCUGUGUUAGGUCCAAAUGUAUCCAUUGGUCAAGAUGUAACAAUUGGUUAUGGUGUACGUGUAAGAGAAUCAAUUAUAUUGGGCAGUUGUGUUUUACAAGAUCAUUGUUGUGUUCUUUAUUCAAUUAUUGCAUGGAAUUCAACUAUUGGACCAUGGAGUAGAGUUGAAGGUACACCAAAUGAUCCUGAUCCAAAUAAACAAUUUUCAAAAAUCGAACAAGAUUCAUUAUUUCAAGAUGGAAAACUUCAUCCAUCGAUUACUGUUAUUGGAAAUAAUGUAUCAAUUCCAGGAGAAGUUGUUGUUCUUAAUGCUGUUGUAUUACCACAUAAACAAAUAGGAUCAAGUUCGAAAAACCAAAUUAUCUUAUAA